AUGGUUAAGGAAACAAAGUUGUAUGAUUUGCUUGGUGUUUCAUCUACAGCCAAUGACCAGGAGUUGAAAAAAGGUUAUAGGAAGGCUGCUUUGAAAUAUCAUCCAGAUAAACCCACUGGUGACACUGAAAAGUUUAAGGAAAUUUCGGAAGCUUUUGAAAUUUUAAGCGACCCGCAAAAGAGAGAAAUUUAUGACCAGUAUGGGUUAGAAGCGGCCAGAAAUGGUGGUCCAGCAUUUGGCGGAGCAGCUGGUGGUGCUGGCGGUUUUCCAGGUGGAGGCGCUCACGGCUUCUCUGGAGGCCAUGCGUUCACCAAUGAAGAUGCGUUCAAUAUCUUCUCAUCGUUCUUCGGUGGAAGCUCCCCGUUCAGUGCUGCUGGUGGCGCUGACGACGGAUUUAGUUUUUCAAGCUUCCCUGGCGGUGGCAGCGGCGGAACCAGAUUCAGCUCUGGUGGGUUCCCAGGUGGUAUGGCUGGCGGAAUGCCAGGCGGUAUGCCGGGUGGUAUGCCAGGUGGUAUGCCGGGUGGUAUGCCAGGUGGUAUGCCGGGUGGUAUGCCAGGUGGAUUCAGAUCGGGUUCUGCGUCACCCUCUCAAGUGGAGGAAGAAGUCGUCACUGUUAAUUUGCCAGUGAGCUUGGAAGAUUUGUGUACCGGCAAGAAAAAAUCAUUCAAGAUCGGGAGGAAAGGACCAAACGGCACGUCCGAGAAGACCCAAAUUGAUAUCCAAUUGAAGCCUGGCUGGAAAGCUGGGACCAAGAUCACAUACAAGAAUGAAGGUGAUUAUAACCCUCGCACCGGUGGCAGAAAAACCUUGCAAUUUGUUCUGCAGGAAAAAGCAAAUCCUUUGUUCAAGAGAGAUGGCGACAAUCUGAUCUAUACGCUCCCAUUGACGUUCAAAGAAUCGCUACUCGGUUUCUCCAAGACAGUUCAGACAAUUGAUGGCCGUACUCUACCAAUUUCCAGGGUUCAGCCAAUUCAACCCUCAGAAUGUUCAACAUACCCAGGUCAAGGUAUGCCUAUAACGAAGAAACCUGGCCAGAGAGGUGAUCUAAUUGUCAAAUACAAGGUCGAUUAUCCAAUUUCGCUAAAUGAUGCUCAAAAGCGUGCCAUUGAUGAGAACUUCUGA